AUGAACCGCUAUCGAACAAUGCCUGGGCUCGGUCCCCAAAAGGCGACUGCUUCUACUCUUUGUCAGAAAUGUUUGAAGAAAGAUAUGAUACUCCUCCUCCUAUCUUUCCACUAUUCCUACGAGUGCAAGGCUAGUGCUCAAGAACGGCCAUAUAUUUCUCGUCCUUCGAGAACUCAGCAACUGCUCAACCCUAAACUUGUGCCCAAACUUUCCAACGACAGUCCUAAUCACUUGCUAAACAGUAAGGGUGUUGCGGACAAACAGUUGGCCCAAGCAGAAGCCAGUCGCAAUGGAGAAUCGGCGCGAAACUUCGAGAACCGCGGCCGUAGCAGAAGCCCUAGACAAGGGUCACGCUCGCGUUCCAUCUCAUCGGAUUCAGUCUCGACGAUCUCCACCAAUAAGUCUCGCUCGAGGUCUCCGGCCGACGUUCACGAUCGAGGCAGCCAAUUCCUGACGAGUGGAGACGUGAGUAGGAGCCGCCUGACCACGACCCCCCCUCACGGUCAUGGAAAGCGCAAGCAUCGAUCUAUGUCAAGUUCUCCCUCUCGUUCACCACGAAGAAUGGCACAUGGCUCUCACCGUAAGACCCGGCGGCACAGGACCAUUAGCCCAAUUGACCGUGGCCGCCCCAGCUCUAUGCGGCGAGGCAGCCACCGUAGCCGGACCAACACCCCGAGUAUGGAUAUCGAGGAGAUCACCAAACACAGAAGAUCAAUGGACUCGGGGCAAGGCUACAACGAUGAGAACGGUGCGUAUGACCGGAGACACACUCGCCGUGAGAGUCCGGGCUUACGUGAGAGGUAUGGCUCCGGCAACACAACUGCACGGCCACGAGAACAGAGGAAGGAGCGCAGUUUGAGUCCAUAUAGCAAACGACUUGCACUGACCCAGGCUAUGAACAUGUGA